AUGAUUUUUCUUAAACCAGAAUUAGCAGAACCUGCUGGAAAGAAUCCCCAACUGAUGGAUUGGGUGUUUAAAUCACUCAGGUCUCCCAUAUGGAAUGAUCUAAAAAUGCAUGUUCUGGGGUUCUUAAAUACUCUUUUGAUGUCUAGUCUUAAAAAUAGACUUGAGUUUGGGGAAAUGGAUGCUGUAGCUGUUGUAGUAAAUGCUCUUUCAUCUCUUGAAGAAGAUUUUAUCCCGGACGAAGAAUACCUGCUGCAGACUUUGUUUAGUUGUUUACUUUUUCUAUUAGAAUUUCAUGAAAAUAUAGUGAAGUUUGUCAAGGCUGGAGGUGUUCAGUCAAUGAUUGGAAUUAUUCAGCAAGAGGACUUUGGUUAUUGUUAUGGGUCUGCAAUUGCGGCACUUGAUAUCGCAAUGAAAGCUUGUAAAUCUGCUUCUAAGGAAUUUGUGAAUGAUAAGUUGGCAUUUGACAUUGCAUUCCCUCCUUACAUGGAUAUGGUGGCAUUAAUUACCAAGACGGAAAGAGAUAGCUUGGUAAAAAAGCUUGAGGAGAAUGAUUUCAAAAGAAUCACCUGGCUUAUGGAGCUCUAUAAACGAUAUUCGGAAAAAGCUGAAGGAAUGACGAAUCAUCUCAAAGGCAAACAGGUUGCUCUCUUUACGUGUUUGUUUCUCAUGAUAUCAGCUUUAAGUUUAUCUGUUUUGAUGUCAAAUAUCUUAUACCCUUGUUUAUCUCUUCUGCAUAUGGAUUCUCCACGGUUCAGGUCAGCAUUGUUCUUGCAGUCUCGCUUUGAUGUUGUCAUUGUUAUGAAUAUCACAACUGAAAAGACAAUCUGGAUAAUCCUUUUAGAUCAUGAGAUCAUUAUAAAGUAG